AUGGCCUGCGCUGAAUCUCUUGAAAAACUGUCCCUGUUGGAUGUAUCGGAACCCUCUCUGGUCCAGCCCUUGCUGCAACUGUCGCCUUUGAAAGAAACAUCACUUGCCGCUAAAAUUGACGAUAUUCACACCGAUUUCGUCAUAAUCGAAUUUUUGAACCGCGUUUUCAUUGUCAUCACACAACGUCAGACUUUCUCGAACCUGCUCUCUGUUACGAAGGAUACUCCAAAGACAUUUGAGGAAACCUCUGACGAAAUUUACACUGUGAAGUCUAUAUUUGGAGUUGACAGUGACCAAAGUUCACAGCUAGUGGCUCGUUUUCUUUGUGAGCACACUUCUAUCAACAAACCAGCACUAUUUGCAUUAGGCUUGAAGGAUCAUAGCCCAAGAACUGUCAGAGCGUUACGGGACAUAAUUAACAAACAUAAAUCUUGGUGA